UGGGCCCUGCGCAAGAAAAAAAAAAAAAAAAAAACCAGGAAAAUUGAUAUCUGCAAAAAAUAAGGACCUCCAGCUACUCUUCACCUCCAAGUCAGGACCUCCAGCUACUCUUCACCUCCAAGUCCCCCAACAGCAGAAUCACGAUUCACACGUCAGAGGUUCAAACCCCCCGGUGCACGUCCUAGACCACAUGUCACACACACUGGCACACGGGGAAGACAUAACUGGAAUACGGUAUACAGUCCUCUCACUAUGAAACAUAGCGUGAACACACGCGAGCUCUCUCACUAACGACUCGCAAGUUCGGGGGUCCAAACUCCCCCCACACGUCCUCGUGCACAGACGCGCACACUGGCACGCGGGGAAGAUGUACCUAGAAUACCCAGUCUAACGCUAGGAAUCCUCGCGAAAACACGCCAGUUCUCUCACUGACACCCCACCAGCAGAAUUACGAUUCACAAGUCGGGGGCUCAACACCGCCCCCCCCCCCCCACCACCCACCCCACCGUGCACAGACGCGCAAACUGGCACGCGGGGAAGACAUAACCUUAAGAGUACAGUCUAUUUGCUAUGAAUCUUAGUGCGAGCGAGGUCGGCGACUGAUAUUUCAAAUAGAAACAAAAAAGAAAAUAAACAGAAUGACAAUACCAUGGCGCUGCAGCUUGACCCGCACAGGACGGAGAUCAGACGCCCGCCGUAUCAGACGCCCGCCGUAUCUCUGAUACGAAGCUGAACGGAAUACUCGUGAACGUAGAGAUGCCCGUGGCCCGGACGAGAUCAGCCCAGAUUGUUCACCCGGAAGUGUUCCACCUAGAUUGUUUGCGCAGACUUGCUCCGCUCAGAUUGUUCGUCCGGACGUGUUCGGCCCAGAUUGUGCGGCCGAACGUGUUUCGCAAGUCCAGAUUGUGCACUGGGACGUGUUCAGUCAGUCCAGAUUGUUCGCGCCGAUGUGUUCCGCCAAGUUUGUUCGCCCACACGUGUUCUGAUCAGAUUGCUCGCCCGGACGUGCUCGGCUCAGAUUGCACGCCCGGACGUGUGCAGCCCAGACUGUUAACCGUUUGACGUGUCACCAUGGACGACGCUUUGACAAAAGGCGAUUGGUCGCAAGAGGCAAAAGAGCGCUCAAUGGGAUUAGUUCGAACACAAAGCUCAACUGAACACUCAAGAGUUCCGCCGGGGUUAGAAAAUACCCUAGAACAAUCAGUGGAAAUUCUUUCAGAAGAAUCAGAAGUGGGUGCUUUGGAGUAUCCUACCGUUUGUGGAAGCCUGCUCCUCUUCAAUUUCUUGUUCCUUCUGCCCACUUAUGCCCACCAGAGGCAAUAGCUGACGACUUCACACCGUAGCACGCCCCCAGACAUACUUCCUUACACUAGUCGAUAGCUGACGACUUCACACCGUAGCACGCCCCCAGACANAUAGCUGACGACUUCACACCGUAGCACGCCCCCAGACAUACUUCCUUACACUAGUCGAUAGCUGACGACUUCACACCGUAGCACGCCCCCAGACAUACUUCCUUACACUAGUCGUCCCGCUCAGGAUGGACUUUUCGAAUGCACGCAAAGUGCGGCAGCUAUAUCCAUCCUCCCUGCGCGGCAACCAACAUCAAUCCUGCAGCCACUGUCGUGAGCAAAGAAGAUCCAGGACUGUGUUUGUUCCCUCCAAAGCAGUUGUCUUCCUGCCUGUAGUCUGCAGAAUGUGGAACGGGGAGGGAGGACCAACUUGACACCGUUGUAUGCCAGACAUACUCCCUUGUCACCUUGUCCCUCUUCACGUGUACAGCUGAGAUUCACUUAUUAGCUCACUUCAGGCACACUGCAGCAGCACCAGCUGCCGGUUCCCGGCAUGGAUCCUCGUCAGCACAGUAUUGCCAAACCUAACACUCACAUAAAGCACAGGAAGCGCUACUACUGCGCAAUGAAUACAGCACAAGCUG